AUGCCACGAGCAUUCCGUGUACGAUUUUCUAAGAAGAGCCAAUCUGUCGAUCCUACAGUCCACAAGGAUGCAGCGUCGGAUCCGGGGGCCGUACGAGCCCAUCGAAAGAGCCGCCAUGGGUGUGAGGAGUGUAGAAGAAAAAGAACGAAAUGCGAUGAAACCUUACCAAGCUGUUCACGGUGUCAACAACGGAAUAUCAAGUGCAUCAUCACAACCAGACCGUCACGCUGGCGUGAGGAAUGUCCGGGGGGCCGUCCAGUACGUCUGAAGUUGCCACCAACAUCAGCCCUGCCCAUCGACGCGAAGUUGCUUCAAUGGUGGCUCGACUACGGGUGCGAGCUAUUAGUGUUAGAUUCCCAAUCGAACCCGCUCUCCUUCCCACUCAUUGAGCACCUUGCCAUCUCCAAAGCGCUGUGUUUCGCCCUGGAGAGUUUUAGCGCCGGCCAUAAAGGUCAUUGGUCUCUGAGCUCGCGGGUGCAGUUCCUCGAGAAGCGUAGCCUGGCACUGGCUCUUUGCCGUUCCGAACUGAUUGCCCGACAUGUUCCUCUAGAGACAACCUUCUUCACCGUCCUACUCCUCGGCAUCUCGACGCCAUUCAUGGAGAACGUCGACAACUAUGGCAAGGAGCACCUCAUUGGCGCACGCGCAAUCCUGGCCAUCCUCCUGCAACAGGACAAGGUGAACCACAGCCCGAGAAUCGAACAAUUACUCACUUACUACACUUGGUGGGAUAUGGCCUGCGCCUUUUCCAUAGACCCUUUGGAACUACCGCCCUUAAGCACCGUUGAGGUGCUAUCUACCGUCAGUCGUGCAACUCAGCGGGCCAAACCACGGUUUGCGGGCUGUAUGGUCGAGAUGUACCAUGUGCUGGGACUCUUACUCCGAUACUGCAUGCAGCUUCUUCGGGGAGGCGUACGUGAUCCAGAGCACGAAGCGACGCUGGAACGGGUAUUGACUGGCUGGCACCCGAACAGCGACCGAGAUGAGGAUAUGCUCUUCGCGGAGGUUUUUCAGAAACAUGGACUCAUCAUCCUCUACCGCGUCUGCCGUAUGGGUUGCUUUACCCUUGUGGAAAAUCCGGACGGGCUCUGGGCGCUCCUGGUGCAUAACUAUGCCACCGAGAUCAUCUCCAUGGUUUUGCCUCACAAAAUGGGGACUGCUUUCUGGAAUUCUUUGAUUCCGCCACUCUUGACGGCUGGCGCCGAAUUGACUUCUGACGACGAGGCGCUGAGGAACCGCGUAAGAGGCGCGUUUUCAUCUGUCUGCUCCCAGUGUCAGACCAAUACACUGGAACGUGCUAAGAAUCUUCUGGAGGAGAUCUGGCUGCUCCGGGACAGCGGCAUUGAAUUAUCCUAUUUGGAAUUGAUGCUACUGAAAGGAUGGAACUUUUCACUGGUUUGA